AAACCUUCUGCAGAUUCCCUUCGCUUCACAGGUCGAGGCCUUUAUCCUGGUUGACCAUCCGAUACAUCCGUUGCGCUCCGUCUGCACGCCUCAAAUUUUCAGGCCGAGGCCGAACUCACGAGCUCUUGUCAGCUGGCUGGACAACCAAUGCAUCAUCAGAAACUCAAUCGGAACAACCGACACUCCGACCCCUCGUGCAACGUCGGAUCUAAUAGCUACUACGGACGAAUAACUGUUUUAAAAAAUUACUUUCGUCUCGUCAGCCUUUCCAGGGUAGCUCAAGCCACCACGCUAUUAUCACAGCCGUCCCAAACGCCCGAUGUCGAGCAAAGACUUUAGCACGCACCCAUUGGCCCAAGAACUUGUGACCUGGUUCACCCAAAAUGGAGGAUCGCUUAGUUCCGAUGUUCAGGUUGUCAACAGCGACUCACGUGGCUUCCACAUGCGAGCUGUGAGGCCAUUGAGCUCCCCGGUUGUAGCGUCAUCUCCGCUAAAGCUUACACUUUCCAUUCUCAAUCUUGACCCAGACGAGAAAGAGGUGCUGCAUAUUGAGAGCCCUCUUCGACAAUGCCAGGGCAAGAUACCUGAUCACAUACUGGCGUAUUUGAUUCUAAUCGAGCAGCGCAAGAAAGGGACGGGCUCGCCAUGGCACGCUUACAUCGCAUGCUUACCGGGGCCAGAGAGCAUGACUACGCCCCUUUGGUUUGAUGGAGAUGACAUGGCCUUCCUCACAGGCACAAGCUUAGCCCCUGCUGCUAGAGAGAGGAAAGAGGACAUGCAGAGACACUGGGAGCAAGCUGUGACUGUCAUGAAGGAGCUUUGUAUCCCACUGGCUGACGAGAUCAAUUUCGAAUUACUUCUAUGGGCAGCUACCAUCUUUACCUCACGUGCCUUCAUCUCCACACACAUUCUUCCGAACCGGGAAACAAUACCCCUCCUCUUCCCCGUUGUCGACAUACUCAAUCACUCCGUCUCCGCCAAGGUAGAGUGGGAUUUUCAGCCUCAUCAGUCAUUUGCCCUAAAGUGCCUCGAAGGCGAGACCUUCGAAGCGGGACAGGAGCUCUUCAACAACUAUGCGCCUAAACAGAACGAUGAGCUACUUCUCGGGUACGGCUUCUGUCUGGAGGACAAUCCUAUCGAGCAGUUCGCCUUGAAGCUCGCCUUUUCCCCUAUGCUACAACAAUACGCGCAGGAGAUGAACUUGCUUCACCCCGAGAACGUACCUUUUAGUAUGUCACCGGCCUUUCUCGACACAGACCCAAACAAAGAACAGCACUUUCUGCGAGCAAAAGGGCACCCGUUUGGGCGGUACGAGAACUGCAUCCCAUACUUUCGUGGUAUACCCCCUUACAUUGUGCAUUUCUUCUUCAUUCAGACCCUGCUCGCCCUCGACGCGGAUGUCCGCGCUGUCAAUGUGGGACGACCGGAUGCUAGAAUCACACUGCAGGUUCUGGUCUUGCUACAUCAGGCUAUCGAGCAGCGAUGCCAUAGCCUCCCGCUUUCCAACGACAGCGAGCCCAGCAAUUACAAGCAGAAGUACGCGAAAAUAUACCGCGAUGGCCAAGCCAAGAUCAUCCACUCCGUUCGAAGCGAGCUCAAAGCCGCAGUAGACAGGGCGCGUACAUCGAGCAGCGAAAUGCCACCCCGCAGGCCAGUCUUGCUCUCCACAUUCGAAGCGAUCCUUGCCUUGGAAGCCGAGUUCCCCGCAGAGGCUCAGACAUUCCGCAAGGGCCUUAACAAGCAUGAAAUUGCUGGUCCGGAAGAUGAGGGCGUAAUCUGGACAUUGUUGCUCACUGUCUUUGCAUCGCUGAUAUUGACUACACCCAAAGAUCAAGAGGGGAGUCUCAUCUCCUCCUGGCUACGCGACCUCUUCACCAGACACCCGCUUCCCGCGCUCGAGGAUGGCAUCGAAGACGCGGAAACAUAUACCUUUGUCGACUCACACCUUGCCGAUUUUCUUCACCUUACUUCGCCCGACGCAGGCGCUUCGCCCACGGAUGUCUUGGACGACCUUGGCCUUACGUUUGUGAAUCAGCCGGUCGGCACUGCGGUACCUGUCUUCAUUGACGGGCGAACUGAAAACUUGGGUGUGAGGAUCGUCAUGUGGGCUAUGAGAGUUGCCGAGCAAGAAGUACUGCCUGUAUUCGAAGGUGGUGCGUUGAAGAAAUGUCUAUCGGUGUGA